UUCAAGAUAACAAAAGUCAAAAUCAAAUAAUUUAGGGUUGAUUCUCAACAGAAGGAUACCUAAUGACUUCUGACUUUCAACAGGAUCUUGAUUGAGUAUAUAAUUUUUAUUUUUAUUUUGGCCAUCAUCUUGAUUCAGUGAUGAAUGGAUGAGUUGAGCCAAUGGUUUAGAGACCCAUUUGUAUUGUUUUCUUAAGGGAAGUCAAAGCCUUUUCCAUAUUUUCUUUUGGUACAAAAAAAAGUUCAGGUUGGAUGUUAUUCAGUCCAAGGCCAGUGCAUGGGUGCCGUAUUUUCUUAGCAAUGAAGAAAAGAACCAAUGUGUGGAUGGUGGCUAAUGGUCAGAAGAAUCCUGAUCAGGAGCACAACACGCACUGUGUGAGAUCAUGCCAAAUUUUAUGUUUCUAAAUAAAAUAAUAUGUAUUGUGGCCUAUAUAAAUGAGUACCAAGAGGUUGGGGAUCCUGCCACACACAAAGUACAACUAAAAGCAAUUUUUAUUUCAGUAAGGGUGACAUCCCAAGUAGGCACCGACGUGCUAUCCACGGGUAAUCUGCAGAGGGGUGUCAACAUUAGCGUCUACAGGUAGCAAGCAUAUUAGAACAUGAAGGCUCUAAUUGCUAUCUUCAUCAUCCUCUCCUCUGUCCUCUUGCUCUUGGAGGUCAGUCAUGCAAGAAAUGGACCUAGGGAGUAUUGGGAAAGUAUGAUGGGAGAACCCAUGCAGGAAGAAAUGAAGCAACUGUUUAAUCUACAAGGAGCUUCUACUGACCAAGAUGGUCCUCAGAAGAAAAUGGUCAGAUUUGAUAAGGAUUUUGAUACCAGACAUAGUUUCAUCUUAUACCAUCCAAACGACAAACUUAAAGGAGAUCCCAAGCCUCUUGUUCCUGUGAAGGAUCAAGACAUCAUGACAAACGUGAAGGCAUUCUGGAAAAAUUAAAGGCACCAUGAUAUUCUAUAUGUAGAGCAGUCUUGUUGUGUAUGAUAAUGUCUAAGUUUUUGUAGUACAUGUGAUUUUGGUACUCAGAAGCUGAUCAGGGCAACUCUGUUCUCUGUUCUCUGUUCUUGACUUCUUGUUCUAGUUAGGUAUGGGAUAUUUUCUACAAAAUAGAAAUUUGUAGUUAAGUUCUAGCUAGUAAUAAUGUAAGGUGGGUUGU